AGUUCCUGCAGGCGACCAUUUCUUGAGGAUCGGUUCCAGAGAUCGUCUCUAGUGCACCGAAGAGCUCUCCGUGGCUGCUGCCGCUUUUUAUUCAUUCCUGUCCUCUCUCGGAGCUGGCUCCCACAGCCGGGAUGGCUCAGUCCAAGGCCAGCGGCUCGCACUACGCCCUGACGGCCAUCGGCCUGGGAAUGCUGGUCCUCGGGGUGAUCAUGGCCAUGUGGAACCUGGUCCCCGGGUUCAGCGCCGACAAACUGACGCCUCAGGGCAACAAGACGGAGAUCGGGAGCGGCAUCCUGAAGAGCAAGACCUUCUCGGUGGCGUACGUGCUGGUCGGGGCUGGCGUGGCGCUGCUGCUGCUGUCCAUCUGCCUGAGUGUGCGGGACAGGCGGGAGCAGCGGCGGAGCGAGGAGCUAGCCCGCAUCCAGCAGCAGGCGGGGACCGUGUCUCGGGCCCAGGAGGAGGACAGCCAGGAGGAGGAGGACGACGAGGAGGAGGCCUCGGCCCGAUACUACGUCCCCAGCUACGAUGAAGUCAUGAAUUCCAGCCACUCAGGAGCCAGGCAGCCGGAGCAGAGCCCGGGGCUGGGGGUCUCUCUGCCCUCCUAUGAGUCCUUAACGGGGCUGGAUGAGUCCACCCCCACCACCGGCAGGUCGGACGCCGAGGCCGGCCCAGGGCAGCCCCCGGAUCGGCAGAACUCCAAGACGGCCAAACGCCUGAAGCCGUUGAAAGUUCGAAGGAUUAAGUCUGAGAAACUUCACCUCAAAGACUUCAGGAUCAACCUCCCCGAUAAAAAUGUCCCACCCCCCUCCAUCGAGCCUCUGACACCCCCGCCGCAGUACGAUGAGGUGCAGGAGAGGACCCCUGAGGCCCGGCCCCCCGACUGAGCAGACACACACCCCCCCCCCCAGGCCACGCUCCCUCCAUCCCUUACCCUCUGCACCCACAGACUGUAUGGAGGUCGCCUGGGGCCCGGCCGCCAAGCAGGAAGGACACCAAGCAUCCUCCUCCCAAACCCCUGGCCGCACACAAGGGCAGGAUCCUUGGCUUGGCCACUGGCGUAGACGGUGGUGGCUUGGUUUUAUUUCCACAAAACGACUACCUUAUUUUCAAGAAGAAGCUGGGCACUGGUGGCUCACGCCUGUCAUCCUAGCUGCUCAGGAGGCUGAGAUCUGAGGAUCAAGGUUCAAAGCCAGCCCUGGCAGGAAGGUCUUUC